AUGCUGAAACAGAUCCUGUCGGAGAUGUACAUAGAUCCUGAUCUGCUGGCAGAGCUGAACGAGGAACAGAAACAGAUCCUGUUCUUCAAGAUGAGGGAGGAGCAGAUCCGCCGCUGGAAAGAAAGAGAAGCAGCGAUGGAAAAACAGGAGUCCUUGCCAGUGAAACCCAGACCAAAGAAAGACAACGGCAAAUCCGUUCACUGGAAACUGGGAGCCGACAAGGAGGUCUGGGUCUGGGUGAUGGGCGAACACCACCUGGACAAACCCUACGACGUGAUCUGUGAUGAGAUCCUCGCGGAGAGGGCGAGGCUGAAGGCCGAGCAGGAGACGCAGGAGCUCAGAAAAGCUCAGCCCGGAGAGCUCAGCAGCGGCUCGAAACCAAAGCUGCCGUCCUGCGAGGGGCGGGCGCCCGGUGCCCGCGAGACCAGCAACGUGGGGGAGAAGGUGGCAGAGGCGGGGACGCCGGGCCGAGGCUGCGGGCCGGCUGCACCGCUUGCAGAGCAGAAAGCGCCCCUGUUCUCCAGCUCCUCAAGAAAUAUUCACCAAAUGUUGGCAGAUUCUGUCAGUCGUAUAAAGGAAUUCGGAUUUCACCAGAAGAAAGAAUCCGUGAAGAAAACACAAGAUGAAGAAAUAAAACAAAUAGAUGAAGAGAGAACCAAGCAGAUUUAUAAAAACUGGAAAGAAGAUUCAGAGUGGCAGGCCUCUUUGCGAAAAUCCAAAGCUGCUGAUGAGAAGCGGCGCUCCCUGGCCAAGCAGGCCCGGGAGGACUACAAGCGGCUGUCGCAGCGGGGGAGGAGCGGCAAGGGGCAGCAGGGCCCGCCGGGCGGCCCCCAGAAACCCAGGAGGCCGCCACUCCCGCCCAAGCCUCAGUUCCUGAGCCCAGCAGGACAGCCACACACACCUCUCAGGAAUGAGAGAGCGACGAGGCCGGCGGCCAGCCCAGCCCAGGAGGACAUCAGGCGCUGGUUCCGGGAGGAGCAGCUUCCUCUGCGGGCCGGCUACCUGACCGACUCGGACAGCAUCGCCCCCUGGUUCCACGGAAUCCUCACGGUAAACAGAGCGAACGAGCUUCUGAGCACCUGCGUGCCGGGCAGCUUUCUGGUCCGGGUCAACGAGAAGGUCAAGGGCUACGCCCUGUCCUACCAGUCCGAGGACGGCUGCAGACACUUCCUCAUAGAUGCCUCCUCGGAUUCAUACGGCUUCCUGGGCGUGGACCAGCAGCAGCACGCCAGCCUGGCCGAGCUGGUGGAGUACCACAAGGAGGAGCCCAUCACCUCCCUGGGGAAGGAGCUCCUUCUGUACCCCUGCGGUCAGCAGCAAGAGCCGCCCGACUACCUGGAGCUGUUUGAGUGA